AUGCUCGAACUUUCAUUUUUUGCGGCCCUUUUGCUAGGAAUGAUAAGCCUCCCUGGUUUCCUUAUAAAUAUCUAUGUGUUUGUCAAACUUUCAACCAAAAAGAUUCAAUUCAGUGGAUUCCACAAACUAUGCAUCACAAAAGCUGUUCCAAAUUCAAUAGUCUGCUUGACAUUUCUAGGUUGGUCAACUCCAUUAUGUGCAAUACAUCCGACGUAUGCAACGAUUCCCAGAUACGUGAAUGUUGGGUUUGGGCAAGUUGCGGGAUGGGGAGCCUAUAUUCUGGGUCCACUUCUCCAGGUAUGCAUGUCGUUCAAUCGGUUUUAUGUUCUAUACUUCCCAGUUUCCUCUAUGAAAGUAUCUAAUUUUCCGAUCACAAACAUUGCUAUAAUUAUAGCUUUGUGCAUUGCUGUUAUAUACACUGCAAUUGGUUUUCCAGAAGAGUGUGGAUUUGUCUUCGACCCAGACAUACUUUCAUGGCGGCCUGAGGAUUUUGAAUGUGCUGCGUGGUUGGCUGAUUUCAUUUUCUACUCAAUUCUUGGCCUAUCAAUCACCUCCAAUUCACUCAACUUCGCCACUUUCUUGAAACUAGUUUCUAGUCGGGUAGAAGGAGUUUCCUCUGGAGUGAGCUUAAGCAGAAGGAGGAGAAGGAUCAGUAUGUAUAUCCAGAGUGUAAUGCAGGACACACUUCAUUUGAUCGACAUGAUCAACUGCACAAUACUCUUCAAACUCAAUUCAGCAAUAUGGUAUCAGUUCGUUUUUCUUUCCGUCAGUUUUCUUUCAAUUCACGCGCUUGAUGGGUGA